AUGUCAAAAUACACCAUCAGAAACAACAGUAACAGUGGCAGUAAUUAUAAUAUCGAAGCCUAUAACUAUAGGGACAAAAGCGCUUUUGGUGAUAAUGGCCUGAGCAGAGGAACUGAGAAUGAUUUAACAAAAUCAACAUGGUUCCCAAAUGCAACAUCGAGUUUAGAAAAUAAAUAUAAUCGUAGUAUUUUCCCGGAUGGGCCAAUGGCGAUCAGUUUUGAAAAAUAUGUGCAUAAUGUAUUCCGGCCAGGGAAUAAAUUACCAAAAUUGCCCAUUGUUUCGGCUAACUCGAUAAGUGCUCGUAGUAUGCUUCGAGUUCAUGAUUUACUCGGUUCUGCUGCUCUAAAUGAAUCCUUUGAUGAAGAAAUCAUGAAAGAACCGUUGGAGAAAAUGCUCAGUGAGCAUGGCUUAACGGGAAAUGAGAAUUACUUGUCUCACUCCUCCACUUAUAGUCCAAUAGCACUAUCAUCUUUCCAAAAUAAGGAUAAUUAUAAAUCUUAUCGAGAAAAAGCCAAUGAUGACUGGAAACGGAAUAACAAACAAAUGAUUAUUGAUUACAAAGGAUCUGAUAUUACCCCAUUGACCCCGUAUAUGUACGCCGAACAUCCAUAUGUUCGCAGUCAGGAUUCACGUAUUAUUUGUUCGAAUUUCGUCCAGAUAACAUCACGACCAAAAGAUCGUUUCCUGGAAAAAAUUGAUCAAACACUUGCCGAAGUUCGAGCUAUGCCGCGAUUUUAA